CUCUAGCACUCUCACACAUCGCCGCUGUCUCAUACGCUUCUAUCUACUGCACAAACCACGCUGUAAACCGCUUGAAACUCGUCUUCCGCCAAUCACUUGAACCUUUCGCGCUCCACGGCCCACCUCUUCUCACACUCCCUCGCUACCCCGCCCUCUCCAGAGCUCCCUCUUUUCCUCGCACUCGCAACUUUCCUUAACCCCGAAAUGGCUGGCUGGCUCGACUUCUUCUCGCUCCUAUUCACAACCGCCCUGUUUGUAGGCGUCGUCAUUGGCGUCAUAUACGCGGGGCGCGCAAUCUCUCAAGCUGUGGAGUCAACCAAGAGUUCGCUAAAAGACAAAGGCAUCAACAUCUCCGACAAGGGCGUCUCGGUGAAAACGAAACAAUACAACCGCAGCGACUACCUCGACUCGACGCAACGUGGCGUCAUCAAAGCCCUCAACGCAUCCUCCUUCGGCACCGAGCAAAAGCAGAAACAAGGCGCCAGCCUCGGCGUACGCUCCGCAGCGUCGCGCUCGCGCACGUCAGUGAAUUCUGUCGGUUCGAAAUAGAGCACCAGCCAGGCGCGCUUGUCGAGCACUCGGCGCACAGGGCUGGGGUAAGGCACCGCAGGGGCUGUACUCGCUUACUCGUAUCUUCUUUGCACUUUUUAUUUCCUUUAUUUCUUCGCAUGACCACCGUCCGUCCAUCCAACUUUCUCCAUUUCUUCGUCUUCGUCUGCGUCUAUAACUUAUUAUUUCACCAAAACUCCUUGAUUUACUCGGUAUCGAUAUCGAUAGCUGUGUAGUGCAUACGUGUUUAGGGUUGUGGCAUGGUAUGGCGUAUUUACGAGAUUAUCAC